CCGAACGUCGAUCGACGAGGAUCGAGGAAGAAUAAUAUAAAAGAUAUAGAUCGGUGUGUUUAACGUGCUAUUACGCGGGGAAAUCGUUUCUAUCUCUCGUUUUUUUUUUUUUAAUUAAAUACGAACACACAUACAUACACGCACGCACAGCAAGCAAACAAGAGCACAGCGCGCGUCGAAGAAUAUAUUUAUUCGCUUUGCGUGAAUAAUUUUGUUGUUUAAUAGUCACGCGCGAGAUAAGGAUUAUCCUUCACGCGUUUUAAUUAUAUAGUUAGAAAUAAUAUAUAUCAGAAGUAUAAUUAUAAAUAAUUUCUCGUCAUCGUCGUGUUCUCUAAUUCAUUUGUUUGUUUUUCUUUUCUUCGAUUGAGAACGUUAGAUUUAAAUUUGUCGUUGUUCUCUUUUUAAAUUUUAUACCGUUGAUUUUUGUUGAAAAUUGGAUAAGAUAACGUAUAAGUUGUCGUCGCCGUAGAAGAGAGUUUACCUCUUCUUCUAUUUUGUUUUUUUUUCGGGUUGUUAUUGUUAUUAAGAGAAAAAGGGAUCAAACGAGAGUUCAGUGACAUGGCACAGCUGAUAAGCGUCAAACUUUCCCGCUUCGAUGGAUCACCAUGGGGAUUUCGUCUUCAAGGUGGCAAGGAUUUCGGUACACCGUUGAUCGUACAAAAGGUCAAUGGCGGGUCACCGGCCGAAGCAGCGGGUCUCAGAGCCGGAGAUGCCGUCAUUAAGGUCAACAGCACGGAAAUGUACAAUCUGAGGCACAAGGACGCUCAGGAUGUCAUCGUCAGAGCUGGGAACAAUUUCGAGAUAACCGUGCAAAGAGGCGGCAGUACUUGGAAACCAAGCGUGACGCCGGUAUCGUCUACGCUUCCAUCACCGACGCCUGCUGUAUCAGCUGGUAACAUUACCCCGGUCACGAAGACAUCUCUGGCUGCAAAGAAACAGGAUGCACCACUUAUCGGAAGUGGACAUAAUUUCAGUCCUAAGCCAUUCCUGAACGGUACCAGCGAGGGUCCAAUAAAAUCUAUCGUAAACAAACAGUACAACAGUCCGGUAGGAAUUUACAGCGAAGAGACCAUUGCUGAGACUCUAUCAGCACAGGCCGAGGUUCUCGCCGGUGGUGUCCUUGGGGUUAAUUUCAAAAAGAACGAGAAAAAUUACAAUGCGGAAAACAGCGAGGUAUUUAAGAUGGUACAGGAAGCCGAUAAAGAACCGAAAACACCGGAGCCAGUUGAACCAAGUGGUACCAGCGGUGUGAUAACGCCAUCGUCGCCUGCCUUGGCUGGACUGAGGCCAGUGUCGGCACCGGAAACGAAAACUCAGCCUCCGACAACGCCCCAAUCGAGUCUUCCACCAGGACAAAACAUCUGUGCCGAGUGCGAGAGGCUCAUCGUAAAAUUAUCUUCAAGGACAGAGUUUUACUCGUCGGUGAGCCACGCGAUUGGCGGAAGGGCCACCUCGCCCAAAUCACCCACGCCUCUGUUUCACGCCCUUGGUGGCGGUGGCGGUGGCGGUGGAGGUGGCGGAGCCACAACCCCAAAUAGCCAUGAAUAUCCACGAAUAUCAAACAACGAGGAUCAACAACGUCGAGACCAGUCGCUUGUCCGUUGCAACAACUGCGACCGAGUGAUCGUAGGUGUCUUCGUUAGAAUCAAGGAAAAAAAUCUUCACGUGGAAUGCUUCAAAUGUUCAACGUGUGGUACUUCAUUGAAGAACGUUGGUUACUACAAUAUCAACAAUAAAUUGUAUUGCGAUAUUCACGCGAAAUUGGUAGCCAGACAAAAUGCACCUCCCGGUGUUAUACCAGUCACUAUGCCACCAGGCAGCAAAGCACCAGCCAGCACGAUUUCUGCUGCGCUUUCGAACGUUGGCACACCUUUAUCGCCACCGCUAAGCAAUCACGGAUCUUCACCGUUGCCGUUCACCAAUUGCGGCCGUACUAGUCCAGAUUAUGGUUACGAUCGUCAAUCAAGAAGAACGCCGGUGAACAGGAAUGGCUGCAUCAGGAACGGGGAGUGCAAUGGGGAAUCGAAAACGUUUACGAGCACUAUCACCAUCCAGACAGGUGGCACGGAGUCGUCUACCACCACCAACAACAACACCACCACCAGCAAUCACGUUGGCAGUUCGCCCGUCGAACCACCCGGUGGUUUACGAUCAGUCCAGACACCGACGUCGAAUAGUUUAAUCGGGCCUAAGCCUUUCGGUGGAUCGAGCACUUUGUCGAAUCUUUCAUCACCUUCAAUAGCAAAUUCGGGAAACAGUAUUCUUCCACGCGUGCAGAAUCAGACCGCAACCGGUCUCUUCUCUGCACUGCCAAAGCCAAAAAGUUCGCCCUUCAGAGCCGGUCCAUCUUUCAACCCAAAACCCAGACCCUUCUCCCUCACAUUCGCAUAUUCCCCAUCCCGAAAAACCUUAUCAGAGGUCCACGAAAAGUUCUAUUAUUACGAUUGCGUCGAGGAAAGCAGAGAAACAACAAGAUCCCCUUCGAAUCCAUCGACCGAUAAACUUAGCAAUCGAAAUUCGGUGAAAUCUCGAAGUCUCGCUUGGCCACCGACUAAAUCGAUCGAGGACAUAACAUAUCCGACCGCAAGUCCUUUGUACAUCGAUCCGAAUCCGGUAUUAGAUCGUCGAGAUCAGCACGCGGUAAAGGAUAAACGUGCGAGUAUCGAGGCCUGCGAAAAAGUAUUGAAAAUAAGAAGAAGCGAGAGUACUGAUCGGGACUACGAACGAACUUCACGACAAGGUUAUUAUAUCGAUCAAGACGCGAUGGACCGUGUGAGUUGUCCAGGUCCAGUUUACAAGCGAGUCGAGUUGGUGGAUACAAAUGGUGGUGGUGCAAGAAGAGAAUCCAGACGGGAAACUUCUAGGCCUAGCUCGACCGAUAGUUGUGUUAGAAGAUCGUUAACACCUACGAGAAUCUAUCAACCGAUACCCAGACCAUGGACAGCAACCGUGUCAACUGGUGGCAAUCUUUACGAGAAGAGUUACGGAUCCGAGGAGCAAGCAAAAGUUUGUAAAAAGUAUAAGAGCGAGAUAUGCCAGAGUGAAAAAGUUGUCGAGGAUGGCGUGCGAGAAGAACACCGAGCUUUUCGAGCUGAAAUGUGUCGAACGGAAGAAACCGUAUCUCCUAAACCACCACUACCGUGUCACGCACGUCCCGAAACACCCCGAGAAAUCGUCAAAGAAUUCGACAAAGAAGUCAUGGAUUUGAGAAAAGUCGAAAAAGACACGACCAUCGAUACGACCGAGACUCGACAAUUCGUACCGUCCGAUGUAGUCGCUGUUCAAAAAGGAAUCGAAGGUGAACACGAUCUUAUCACUGAGACGGCCGAGGAAGAUAUCGGUGAUAUGCACGUUAAGAAAACAACGACUUACGAGAAAACCGUGGAAGUUUUAUCACCCAGGGAAGGUUCGCCGGCGUUGGAACAAAUCGAGGAAGUGGAAUCGUGCACGCGUAGAAGUACGACGAAAGUUGACAGACAAUCUGUCGUCGAAGGUACGACGGAAACGAAAACGGUCGAGGAAUCUGCCGAAGUUGUAACCUCGGCCGUAGAUGCCACGAAAUUGAUCGAACAAGCAAAGAGGGAUGAGGAAGAAAGGAAGAGGGAAGAGGAGGCAGCGGAGAGAAGGAAACAGGAAGAGGAAGAGAGGAGGAGAAGGGAGGAAGAAGAAAAGAGAAGACGAGAAGAUGAAGAGAGAAAUAAAAAGCGCGUAAGUUUCAGGGAGGAACAGGACGACGACGACGAAGAAGUCGUCGAAGUAAUUCGAGAGAAACCACUUGGUCGUACGGUAAUACACGAGGAAAAGGUUACAGAAUCGGAUGGUUCGAAUCCAGGUUGCAAGAAAAUUACUAAAGAGACGUACGAGGAAAUUGUGGAGGAAGUUCUCGUUCAAGAACGUGUUAAAAGAAGAGACGUGGAAGAGGAACGUAGGAAAAGUUUGAGAGAACAGGUCGAAGUUCAUCAGAGUCUUCGCGAUCAAGGAAGACAUCCGACUCCUCAAGAACGAAAAGUUGGAGCCAAGUAUACGCCGCACGACAACAUGGAGACUUGCAAGAAACACGUUCAAUUUAUGAAACAAACUGAGACGGGACCUAAACCGAUUUCCGACGGACCCGUACAAAAUGCCACGCCGAAAGAAUGGAAAUCCGAAAUGGUUAACGCUUUGACCACCGCACCGGAUCGUCCCUUCACCCCUGUCAGUUCAACCGUGAAAGAACUUUACACCGAAGAAACUGUAUAUUUGGAUCACAAAGUAAGACCGGUACCAAAGCCAAAGGAACGUCCGAUAUCGCCGUUCCAACGUGCUUUAACUAUAGCUCCGGAACGUCCUUACACUCCGCUCAGUCGAGUUAUCGGACCGGAAGAUCGAGAAGUUGGUAGAGCUCAGACACCAGUGGUUACGCCUAUUCCGGAUGGAAUUUGUCCACCAGCUGAUAUACUUUAUGGCGAAUUGAAAGAUACUUAUCGUCGAGAACAAGUUUGUACGAAGAAAAUAGUACCGCAGCCGUUGCCUACCCCACCUCCAGAUUAUCGUUUGAGAGAUUCCUCGGUUUCACCGUCGAGAUCUCGGCCCUGCAGUAGAGCCGACACACCUAGUAGUAAACCCUCGACGGUGGGAUUGAGAAAACCAGACACCAUACCGAUUUAUCAAAGGAAUCUCGUGGCCAUGAAGAAAUCUCCUGUCGAAGCACAACCCUAUGUUCCUAGUCGAUCUCCAACGCCAACUCCAAGAAGAAGCAAAUCUCCGGCACAUGGACCACCGUCACCUCCGUCUUAUUACACGAAAGCGCAAGCACCUAAAAUCAGAGAUGAUCCUCCGUGGGCCGUUAAGGAAGCUCCUCCUCGACCACCGUCGAAACAAAGCUCGAUACAUUAUCCCUCCCGUAAGACCAUUAAUUAUACCGUAGAAGAGGAUACGGAUACUGGUCACAGGAAACAAGAAUACAUGGGUUCUAAAACGGUACAUUACGACGAACGACAGGCGGAAGAAAAGCAACAGGAAUCCGAUUCCGUACACGCCCAAUACCAAGAACGACGAGCGAUGACCAGCGAUGAUACCAGCGAAGAAAAUAAUACCGUUUGUCAUAUUAAAAGGGCACUACAAGUUGUCGAGGAUUACGAGAAAUGCGAAAAAAAGACUAUGGCGAUUACGCAGCCAUCGUCGGAAAAGAAAGGAGAAUGUUCUAUCAUUUCGACGACACAUGCGGACGUAACUCUACCUUGUCCAAUAAAACGCAAACCCGUCGAGGUCCCUAAAGUUCAACCAACGUACAGUAGCUCGACCGAGGUACGUCACGUUCGCUACGAAACACCAACUCCUCCUGCAACUAAGUGUCCAGAAACCGGAGUGACCGUUUUACCGUGCAAAGCUCAUUCCGACCAAGGCACCAAAGCUGGCGUGGUGGUCGUACCCUGCGAUGGACAACCAAGUCGUCCAAAAACAGGCAUCUGCGUGACGCCGACUCCUGAUCGAUCUGGAGUUUGCGUAUCGCCCUGCUUCGGUCUUAGACCCGGUUCUUGUGGGCAACCGUCUGGUUAUUGCGGUGGCGAAUCGGCAGGAUACGAUUUUGAAAUACCCAAUUGUCCAGAAUCCGGUAUCUGCGUGGCACCUCGUCCGGAUGGUUCUGUCUGUGUAGCACCUUGCAAAAAAUCUACCGGCCAAUGUCUUCGCAAGAGCCAAAGUCGAACGAAUCUUCCUUUCCCGCAAAUCCCAUUCCCCUACGAAGAGGGAUCCAGUCCUCAAACCACCCAGCGUUGUUCUUUCGAGCCAAUCCAUAAGCCUAAAACUAAUCUCAGCGGACAGCUUGCGCGACUAACAGCUAAAAAUCGAGAUAUUCCUACCGUUCAGCUUUACAAACCAUUACCGCAACAAUGCCAACAAUCCAGCAGUCAAUGUGAAAACCAAUGUGAAACCACAAAAAGCUAUCAUUGCGAGACCAAAAGCUUCUAUCAGUCCCAAAGCCAAUGUCAAACCGGAAGUCAUUGUCAGUCUCAGACUAGCUGCCAGGAUGGCUUCCAUUGCUCCCCUAGUAAAACCCCAAAUUUAGUAGACCCACCAAAAAUGUCAUCCCACCCGGAUCUAGGUACCGGAGGUCUCGGUGGUUCCGGCUCGAAAAGCGGAUCCUUUGCUGGUAGCAGUGCACCUAAACGUGGAAGGGGUAUCCUCAAUCAGGCUGGUGGACCAGGUUCCCGUGUACCACUCUGUGCUCAUUGCAACUCCUACGUCAGAGGACCAUUCAUUACCGCACUGGGACAAAUCUGGUGUCCAGAACAUUUCGUAUGCGUGAACACCCAAUGUCGUCGUCCAUUACAAGACAUAGGAUUCGUCGAGGAAAAAGGACAACUUUACUGCGAAUAUUGUUUCGAAAAGUUCAUCGCACCGUCUUGCAACAAAUGCAACAACAAAAUCAAAGGCGAUUGCUUAAACGCAAUUGGAAAACAUUUCCACCCUGAAUGCUUCAACUGUUCGUAUUGUGGAAAACUUUUUGGCAACAGCCCGUUCUUUUUGGAAGAAGGUUUACCCUACUGCGAAGCUGAUUGGAACGAACUUUUCACGACAAAAUGCUUUGCCUGUGGAUUCCCGGUGGAAGCUGGAGACCGUUGGGUAGAAGCCCUCAAUAAUAAUUAUCACAGUCAGUGCUUCAACUGUACGAUGUGCAAGAAGAAUCUCGAGGGUCAAAGUUUCUACGCGAAAGGUGGUCGUCCUUUCUGCAAAAAUCACGCGCGUUAAAAUUCCUCACAGAUGAAGAACGCGUGCGGCAAGGAAGAAGAAGAAAAUUAAGAGAAGGAUGAAAAUAAUGAGAGAAAAAAAAAAAAAGGAAAAAAGAAAACAUUUAAAAUAGAUGUUGACGAAUAAUCCUUUCAUCCUUCUUCUUAAAAUCUUCUUCUUUCUUCCUUUCUUUCUUUUCCAUAUCGAGCUGAAAUCAUUCGACUAACCGAUCGUUGCCAGAGUUACGAACACGUCGGAUAAUUUUCUAUUAUCAAAUUUCAUCUCGUAUUUUUUUUUUUUCACAAACAACGAACAAUGACGAAAAUUCAAGAAAGGAUUCGUUAAAUCCGUUCGAGUUCGUGGCUCAAUUCGCGUACCCGCUUGCAAGCGUUCCGUGUGUAGCAAAAAACCAAGAUAUAAGAAAUAUAUAUAUUUAUACAUACUACUACAUACAUGCAUAUUAUAUACCAAAAAAAAAAAGAAAGGGACAAGAAAGGAAAAAUAAAAAGGAAAGAAAAAUCGGAGCGAAAGAGUUUUGAAAGCCAGCACUGUCGGAAUAAAAAAGAAAUAUAAGAAGAAAAAAAAACACAAGGUGGAUAGGAAAAUUGUAAGCGCAUUGGCGCGCGCGUGGCCGGAAUAAAAGCAUCGUUUCAUAUAUAUAUAUACAUGUGUGGGUGUGUGGGUGUGCGUGUAUGUGCGCGCGUGUGUAGAUACAUAUUAACAAGGCAAGGAUAAGGAUAAUAAUAAUUAAUAGCGACUUAGAGUUCUCGGGAGGGAAGGGGUUGGUGGGGGAGGACCGUGCUCGAAUACCUCGUAAAACUCGGUUGCAGAGAAUUCUGCGGCGAAUCUCUUUGUCGAAUCACGCAAAGGUCAAGCGAGCAAUUAGCGAUUAACGAAGAAGGAUCAUUGCCAUAUUUCUCGUUGCUUCUCAAGGUGCACCUCUCGAGGAUGCACUUUGAACGAUUAACGGAAAAUACCCCAGCUUAAGGAGUUUGUGCUCGAUCAAAUUUUUAAGAGAAUACGUGUGCAAGAGAACGAAAUAGAGAGAGAGAAAGAUGACGAAUGAAAGUAACAAGAAGUAAAAAAAAAAAAGAAAUAAUACCAAGUUAUCUAUACGAUUUCGAAAAGAAAAAAAGCUCCAAUCCGAUCACGUGCGUAGCGUCCGUUUAGUAGUACAAUUAUCCUUGAAAGUAAUCUACGAGCUACACAAUUCGAAAGGUUUCGUAGCUUAAACUCGCUAAAGCUUUUCUCUCGUUUAUAUAUAUGAAUUCAAUAAUUCUAAAGAAAGAAGAAUAUUUUUGUUGUUAACAUUUCGAAAAAAACGUAUGCGCGAAGAUUAUUACGAUUAUUUUUAUUCUUUUCGUUUUCUUUCUUUUUUUCUUUUUUCUGUUUUUUUUUUUGUUUGUUUUUAAAUGUACUAGUCAAACGUUGAAGUAUCGAAAAAAGGAAUGUAAAAUGUUUUUAUUACAUAGAUUCGCGAAAGCAAAUGACAGAGUAGUACCGAUACAAUGAGAAAAGAAAAUGUUCUUCGAUCUAAUAAGACGAGCAGCAGCGCGUGCCUAUUGUCACUAACGCGAUUCGAUCAUGAUUCUGUGCACGUGGAUCAUGAAUCAACGAUUAUAUCGCACCGAUUAAAUAUAUAUUUUUUAGCUUAUAUUACAAUCGAAUUAAAAGCGAGAGCGUUGUAAUCAUAUAUAACCGUAGUCCUAUUAUAGUGCAUACGAAACUCGCUUCUAGUCGAGCAAACUGAUCAAAGAUUAUCAAUUGAUCUCCUCGACUUAAUAAUAAUAACAAUGAUAAUAAUA